AUGUCAGUUCAAAGUUCGUCUGGUAUCCAAACAUUAUUGGAGGUAGAAAAAGAAUCACAAAAAAUCGUUGAAAAAGCGAGAGAAUGCAGGGCUCAAGGGCUAAAAAAUGCUCGUUUAGAAGCUCAAGCGGUGAUAGAGGAAUAUAGAUUACAAAAAGAAGAUGCAUUUGAAACAUACAAAAAAGAACUUACUGGGUCUAAUAUAAAGCAAGAAGAAAUUUUUGAUAAAAUGGUUGAAGAAAAAUUAGAAAAAAUUAGACAACAGGCUGCUAGUGCUAAGGAAGAGACGGUAAAAAAAAUAACUGAGCUGCUUACGACAGUUGAUUUAAAAAUGUAUACCAACAUAGAUUCUGAAAUACUUCGAGAUCAAUCCAUAGAAAAUAACAUAUAA